CUUCAAGGGCCGUAUAGAGCCAUUUCAGGGCCGUAUGGAACCUGACUUCAAGGGCCGUAUGGAGCCUGACUUCAAGGGCCGUAUAGAGCCGGAUUUCAAGGGCCGUAUGGAACCCGAUUUCAAGGGCCGUACGGAACCCGAUUUCAAGGGCCGUAUGGAACCCGAUUUCAGGGGCGUAUGGAACCCGAUUUCAAGGCGUAUGGAACCCGAUUUCAAGGGGCGUAUGGAACCCGAUUUCAAAGGGCCGUAUGGAGCCGGAUUUCAAGGGCCGUAUGGAACCCGAUUUCAAGCCACGCAUGGAACCGGACCCGAAGUCUCGAAUCGACGCGGAAACGAAGCCUCCACGCACAGAAUCUCGCCUUGAGACCCCAACACGAGACGGAGACAACAGGACCCCAGUCGGGAACGAGGGGCCCAUCUUCGGGAGGCUGGAGAGACUCGAGGCUCGCAUGGGCCGACGGGAGCCCGAGGAAGAGACCGAUGGAGAGAUACGUGGAGCAGGUGGUGAGAGACAAGGAACAAGAGAGCUGCGGUCCGGCCCCAACAGUGGAGAUGGUGUCCAGGAGGAAGAUACUGGGACGGUCACAAGACAACCUCAACGUCGACCUACCGUAUCAGGAGGAGGAGGAGGAUGCCUGGUAUAAGGUGGACAAGUUGUUUAAGGAUCACAUUCAAGAAGUAUUGAUGAAGUGGGAACAAAUUGACGACGAGAUCUGGUCCAAAGUGAUCGUGUUGGAACGAAACAGACGGGUCGCUAAGGCCUAUGCUCGCGCCCCUGUCCUUACUGUCAACGGUUCUGACGACGGCUUUGAUGGAUACAGGAUCGGUUUAUGUGGCUUUGAAAAUCCGAUGCGGGACCCUAGAACAGAGGAAAUCAGGCGUCACAUUGGGCAUGGUGUCAAGGUCAAGAUGGAUGAUCAGGGGAACAUCCUCAUCAAGCGAGUGUCCAAGGCUGGGGUGUACGUGAAGAUGGGCAGCGAUGAUAACGCCAUCAGUAACGAGAUCCUCAAACUGCCCAACUGUGGCCUGGAGACAGAGAAACCUGUCAUGCUCUUUGACAUGAACAAGUUCCAGCAGAAUGUAAAGCGAGAAAUGCGUCGCCAGUACCCAGACCGCUCCAAGCUUGAGACCCAGUGUGUGUGUGUCAUCGCCUUCGUCAAGAAUGAGCCUGACCUCCUAGACUGUCCCAUUUGGGUUAUGAUCAUCAACAUUGUGGCUAUGGACAUGUUGAAGAGUAAACUCCCACCAGUCAAGGUAACACCCAACAUCAGGAACCGCCCACGCAUUCCCCUCCCAGAUGAAGACCCGUACAGCGUAGCCGGGUCAGGUGCAUCCUCCGGGUCUUCGGGUAAAGACCGCUCGGGUAAGGAUAAGCCGCCUAAGCUGCCUCCACGGGACAGUCCUAACUAUCCGAACCCAGUCCCAAGACCCAAUGGUAAGUCGGAAUAUGAUGCCUUAGAUGAGAACGCCUUCCGUAAGCUCCAUUCCCGCAACAAUAACAACAACAAGACUAAAGAUCGCAAGUAUGAUGAUCCCUACUAUUGUGGCCUACGAGCUCGCAUCCCCAACUUCGCUAUGACCAAGUCGAAGGAUAAGCAAGAGCCUGGCCGGGUCCAGUACCCCAAUGGACCCCCCAUUCCUGCCCACCCAAUGUGGCACACCCGUAGCUUCGAUUCGGGCAUGGCUCUUUUGCAACAGAACCAUGUGCAAAAUAUACACAGACUAGAGCGGAACCCCUGCUCGUGGGUGCCGUCAAUACCAGUCAGGAAUGACUCUGACUUCACUGAGUCUGCUUACUCCCACAUCUAUGGUCGUCUGCCUCUGCCCAACAGGGGUUACUUGCCACCCCCCUUACCCCACCCGCGCUCCAUGUAUGUCGGGGAGUGGGACUGAGGGACAAACCUGGGAACUGCAACUCCUACCCUAGAGAUGAUGUUUGGGAUACGGUGACUACGAUGCGCUCACAUUUCCGACAGGUUUAUUAACAUCUGAAAUGGCCCAGCACUUACUCAUCUUCUCGUCUGUGUGAUUUUCCAGCUGAAAAUUAAACUGACUUGAACAGUGUGUUGUUUGUGGGGGUUGAAGAAGAACGUCCAUGAGGCACACUAAAUCUGUGACCUCAAACCAAUAACUUACUUUCACCAGUGACCCGAUCAGAUAUUAUGAGCCUCUAGUACUCAAUCAUUAAGCCUUAUUUUUCUCUGUGCUGUAAAUAGGAAAAUGAGCCUUAUAGACAACACUAAGACAGGCUCACGUUGUACAGAUAAUAGGUAGGAUUAUUAUGUUGUGACUUCCCUCAACUGGAUUGACUUAUAUUUAGUAGUUAAGAUUACUUUAGGGAAACUUCUAGAAGCCAUCAAGACUUUUUAUAAUUACAGUAUAUAUAAUUUUCAGUUUUAAGUGGAUAUAGGAAAUAAUUUCUCAGUGAACUGAAUCAUCAACUUGCUUCAGUUCCUUCAAGUAAAUUGUAUAUGAAUAACACUACAAUAUAAAGAUGGUUCCCUUUAUGCUACAGUACUGUACUUCCAUAUUGAAAUUUUCACUUUAUGGGCAAAUGGAAUUCCUUACAUUUUCUUUUCAUUUUAUAUCAUUUCCAGCUUAUUUAUCAUUAAACCUUGAAGCUGAGACCACAAUCUGCCCUCCUGGAUGUGUUCAGAGCAGCUCUUAAGCUUUUAAUGUUGUGUCCUACAGGCAGCCAUAUUGGCCAGCCUUCACUGUACAUAAUAAAAUGACAGCUGUGUGAACGAUGCUUGACACUCUGACUCCCAGACAGCUGGUCCCCACCUGCCUGGGACUUAGACUGUCAUACAUAUAGAGUUAAGUGAAUGAUUGAUAUUAUCUGAUGUUCAUGUUUGUGUAAGAUGACCGCUUACUGCUGUGCUAACAUCUUCCCCACACAUUGGCAAUCAUUUUAUAUCAAAUAAUGGAUGACAUAAAAGAACUCACUCCAGAACAACAUUACAGGUAGUCACAAUAAUUGUAACUUAAAGGUGGUAUCAGUAUCAAGAUCUGUACAUCAGGUUCAGCUUUCUGUCUGUCUUCUCUCUCAAACUGUUCGCCCAUUGGUAACUUUUCUCACCCUGAAGUGAAUAUCACCAUAGAGGGAAAUCUCUCUGACUUAUCUUAAACCAUUGCUUUAUAUACCCAUUGUAGAUGAAAACUUGGUAAAGUUUACAAGACUGUUGACCCGUGUUGUUACUCAUACAGGGAGGAGGCCUCAGUGUGACUUGGGUCACUGUGCUCUUCAAUAAUGUGUACAGUAUAUAGAAGACACCACGACCACUGUCACCUCAGGCGUCCCCCCCCCCCCUCAUUUAUAUCAAUGAGGAAACUACAUUUUGUUUUAUAUAUAUUAUGAAUUUGUUCCUUUAUAAAAUAUUGUAUCAUCUUCGUGCUGACUGAAAAAUUCACUUAUCUAAUUUUCUAUUGUAUGGCAAUUGUGUUCCACAUUAUUUAUGUUUGAUUAUACAAUAAGAAUAAAACAUUCAGUUUGUGUAAAUUUUAUGAUAAUUUUGUAUAUUUACUCAAAACAGUUUUUAAUGAAAUUCCAUUUACUCAACUGUAACUAUUGUAUAUGUGAUUAAAAUAAUUGAUAUCAUCUUUA